UAUUUACACACUCGUGAUUUCGCAUCAUCACGACCAUACUCGUUCACACGUGUGUACGGCAACACGUCCACAUAUACGCCACCAAUGCUUGCUGCCGAGACACGCAGGCUAACGCAACGGCGUAAUUACACGGGUUACACGUAUGUUGGUGCGGAACACAGCUACGACGUCUCAUCACGACCUUACUCACUUGAUAACUAUCGCUUCUGGCGAUCGCAUGUCGCCAGGUUCUAG